ACCACAACAAACACAAAAAUCAUAAGGGUCUUUUACUAUCUUUUAAGAGACGACAUAUAUAGUUCUCGACCAAGAAAAGAAAAGGGGGUGACCUGAGUGCUUCAACACAUAACAAUAUGGCCGGAGUUUUCAAAACGGUUACCUUUAUGGUUUUGGUUUUCGCUGUGGUUGUUGUCUUCGCGGAGGACUAUGAUGUUGGUGAUGAUACCGAAUGGACGAGACCUAUGGACCCCGAGUUCUAUACUACUUGGGCUACCGGUAAAACUUUCCGUGUAGGCGACGAGCUCGAAUUUGAUUUCGCUGCUGGGAGGCAUGAUGUGGCAGUUGUAACACAAGAUGCAUUUGAAAACUGCGAGAAAGAGAAACCCAUCAGCCACAUGACGGUUCCUCCGGUCAAAAUUAUGCUAAACACCACUGGACCACAAUACUUUAUCUGCACCGUCGGUGACCAUUGCCGUUUUGGUCAAAAACUCUCCAUCAAUGUAGUUGGUGCUGGUGCAAGUGGAGGUGCUACUCCAGGUGCUGGUGGUGGUGCUACCCCAGCACCUGGGUCAACCCCAAGUGCUGGAGGAACCACUCCCCCCACUGCUGGCGGGACCACAACACCUUCAGGUUCUAGCGGAACCACUACUCCAGCUGGAAAUGCCGCUUCCUCGUUAGGUGGUGCUACUGUUCUGGUCGCUUUUGUUUCUGCUGUUGUUGCUCUCUUUUGAGUCACACUCGAAACUUAGUUAAUCAAUAUGUGUUUGUUUUACCUUACUCUCCUUAUUUCUAUAGUCAUGUAUUUGACUCUUUGUGAAAAUAAGGACUUGUUUUCAAGUCAUUAUAAACGUCUUAUACUUGU